CUAGCAGGAUCCACCGCCUCCUCCCUCGCCUGCUCCGUUUCUUUUUAUGCAACUCGGUAGAGAGAUGGUGGUGCUGUGCAAAAGCGGACCCCGGGGAGCAAGUAGAUAUCCCAAGAGGUGGAGGAGCGGAUCACCGGCCGACAGGGGGAGCUCUGCCCGGGAUCCGCCGCCACCGCCUCCUCCUCCCUAGCCUCUUCCUAGCAGAAGCCUGGCAACCUGUGCGGCCCUCUCGUUUCGACAGGGCGAGUCCGGCGGGAUCCGGAGAGAGGAGGCAGGAGGAGGGUUAAAGGGAGCGAGUUGUGGUUCCUAGAGAGAGUCCAGGAUGGGGAGCGGGAGAUCUUUGCGCAGGAAGAGUCGCUUUCCCCGAUGGUCCGUCCCCCGCUUUGCUUUUUCUCCUUCAGGUGUCAGCUCCGCCCAGAGACCACCUGAGAGAAAGCUUAUCAAGUGUUGGGGCAGAGAGGCAGAAAGCUGAACCCUGAAGAAAGGCAAAUCUAGGACUUGAAAGGAUUUUGCACAGUCAGGAACGGGUGGUGGGGCCGGUGUUCGGGAUUUGCUUCCUUCCCAGGCAGGCAGGCUCAGUCCGAGCGAAGAGAGAGUCCAGAUUUGGAGGGAAGCAUAUACAAAGGAGAAAGCAGCUAUGCUACUAAUCAGCUAUUCCAAAGUGAGCCCACAAUUACUAGCAGACCAGCCGUUGUGAGAGGGGAGCACAAGGGGAGUUUGAGGAGGAGAGAGCUGUGAGGGACAGGCAGCAGUCGCUAAGGGGACAGAAGUCCAAAGCCAGGAAUGGACCAUCAUUCCAUCCCCAUGUGGAGGAAUCUGCCCUUCGUCUUCAUUAAAAAAAGGGGUCUGGUGGCUGUGAAUUUCUCAGAGGAGGAGGAGUGGGCUCUGCUGGAUCCAGGCCAAAGGGCUCUGCACAGAGACAUGAUGGUGGAAAUCCAUGGGCAUCUGGCCUCUCUAGAUGAUGGAGGGGAAACCGAAAGAGAAUAUGAACAGCAGAGAAGGAAUACAGAAAGAAAACAUGAGGAGGUUAAGAAAUCUUCUGCAACUGAGUGCUUUGAUUUCCUUGAAAUUCCACUUGAACAAAGGUAUGGUGAAGGAACCGAAAACAAUGAACUGCCCUCACAUGAAAAAAUCGUAACCAAAAAAAUCUUAACCAAUAAGUCAAGCUGUUGCUGUAGUAAAAAAAUUCUUACAGGUGAUAAAAAAUAUGAAUGUGCUGAAUGUGGAAAGAGCUUCAGCCAGAGCACGAAUCUUACUUCGCAUCAAAGAAUCCACACAGGGGAGAAACCAUAUCAAUGCUCAGAGUGUGGAAAGAGUUUCAUUUGCAAGGGUCACCUUAUUUCCCAUCAAAGAAUCCACACAGGUGAAAAGCCAUAUCAGUGCUCAGAAUGUGGAAAGAGCUUCAGCCAGACCUCCCAACUUACUUCCCAUCAAAGAAUCCACACAGGGGAGAAACCAUAUAAAUGUUUGGAAUGUGGAAAGAGCUUCAGCCACAGCCCAAGUCUUACUGACCAUCAAAGAAUUCACACAGGAGAGAAACCAUAUCAAUGCUCAGAAUGUGAAAAGAACUUCACUUGCAGGGGUAACCUUGCUUCCCAUGAAAGAAUGCACAGAGGAGAGAAACCCUAUGAGUGCUCAGAGUGUGGAAAGAGGUUCCGGCAGAGCUCAGCCCUUACUGACCAUCAAAGAAUCCACACAGGGGAGAAACCAUAUCAGUGCUCAGAAUGUGAAAAGAGCUUCACCUGCAGGGGUAACCUUAUUUCCCAUAAAAAAAUGCACACAGGGGAGAAACCAUAUCAAUGCUCAGAAUGUGAAAAGAGCUACACCUACAGGAGUAGCCUUGCUUCGCAUGAAAAAAUGCACAGAGGGGAGAAACCAUAUCAGUGCUUGGAGUGUGGAAGGAAUUUCAGGGUGAGCUCACAGCUUGCUUGCCAUCAAAGAAUCCACAAAGGAGAGAAACCAUUUCAGUGCUCCGAGUGUGGAAAGAGCUUCACGCAGAGCUCUGCUCUUACUUCCCAUCAAGGAACCCACUCAGACCAGAAACCAUAUAAAUGCUUUGAAUGUGGAAAGAGUUUCCGCCAGAGCUGGGGCCUUGCUUGCCAUCAAAGAAUUCAUACAGGAGAAAAACCGUAUCAGUGUUUGCAAUGUGGAAAGAGCUUCAAGUGGGGGGCAAGCCUUCAUACCCAUAAAAAUAUCCACACAAGAGAAAAGAGAUAUCGGGGCUCAGUAUGUGGAAAGAGUUUAAAUAAGACCUCAGAUCUUACUUCCCAUCAAAGAAUGCACACAGGGGAGAAGCAUAUCAAUGCUCAGAAUAUGGAGAGAGCUUCAGUUGGAGGUCAUGCCUCAGUUACCACCAAAGAGUCCCCAGAGGAGUAUAACCAUAUCAGUGCUCAGACUGUGGAAAGAGCUUCCGCCAGAGCUCAAAGCUUACUUAUCAACAAAUAAUUCACAUACGACAGAGACCAUUUACAUGAUUGCUGCUUGGGAGUUGUUGGUUUUUCAUCUCAUUGCUGUAAUACAUCUGCAUCCAUUUUUAGUUGAGAGAGGCAUCUAUCUGCUUUGGUUCUGGCCUGUGGAGAGCAAGAUUCUAAGUCCUCCUCAGUCAGGAAACUUGCCGAGAGCGGCCUCUGAGCUUUCUGUCUGGUUCAGUUGCCUCACAGCGUUGCUUUGAAUGUAGAAUGGAAUGGAGAAUCCAUCUAUCCCAUUCUGAAUACUGGUAUAUCAGGUGGAAACCCAAAAGGUCAUGAGUCUUGAUUAGUUACUCUGGAUUGAAACUUUCAACCUCCUCCUGUGUGCAGUUAAAUCCUUUGAAGUUCCUCUUAUGUUAGAGCAGCAGGGCCCAACAUGGGGUGCUAGGACCCCUUGGGUGCACUUAGAGCUUUCCUGCCCAUCAACGUCCAGCACUUGCAGUAUUUGUUCCCCAUCUGAGGAUCUCCAGCUAGAAGCUGAUUUUCCACUACCGAAUGGGAGGGAGGAAGAUGAAGUGCUCCCUCUUAAGUUGCGCGUGUAGGUGGGCACGCACAAAAUGCACCGCACCCCGUGCAGCGAUUUCAAGUAGCCAAGCAGUCUUGCCCUUGCCCGGCAACUGCCGCCACUGCCACCAGCUUCCUCACCACCAGCUGUUGCUCCCCCUCUACCGCCUCCCCCCCCGCAUGUUCUCUGCUGCUGCAGCUGUUGGCUUCCUCACCACUGGCUGUUGCUCCCAGUCCCCACCCCGCCCCAUUCUGUUCACUGCCGCAUGGGCUCUUGCCUCGGGAAAAUCAGCUCUGAAUUUUAAAGAAAAUAAGCUGCAGGUAUUUCCCACUUGUUCUAGAGGCUAUUUAGAUAUAUUGUUUAUCUGAUGCUUUUUGAUACCCCUUAAUUUCAAACAACUGCCUCCAUUCUGAUGGAAACCAUAAGAGCAAAUUUGGAAACAAAUACUCUUCUUUUCUGUUUUAACAGAUGUAUGUGUCUUAUGUUAACUGCUCUGUGUGCAGUGUGCACAUUUAUUUCUUGCUCUGUGCUUUUUGUGAGACAUUAUAUUAUUACAAGUGAAUUUUGGCCCGUUGAAUAACGGGCGCUAGUAACAGCGCUCCUGGCCCCCCGCCGCCAUUCCCCCUCCCUCCGCCGUUCCCCCCCUACCUUUAAGGGCCAAAUCGGCCCAGGCACUUGCCCCCGCCAGGCCGGGGAGACGGAGACCGGGGGCGGAGCG